AUGAUUGAAUGGACAAAGACUUCAUAUUCACCUCAGAAAUCACCAGCUGUCCACUCUGCAAGGGAAAACAGUACUAAUGAAAAAGAUACCAUUAUCCUCAUCUGGUUUUGGCCUUCCAACAGAACAUUUGCCCUGAACUCUUGCGAAUCAAGAUUUCACAUCAAAGGCUGCAAACUCACCGGUGACAGACGUCUGUACUCCAGCGCUGACGGAGUGUUCAUCCCUCACAGAUAUAUCCUCAGGGAUAUGUCAAAUCUACCCAAACUGCCACGUCCGUUCUUCCAAAAAUGGAUCUGGAUGCUCUUUGAGUCUCCUCAGAAUUCACAUAGAAUUCCAGGGCUGAACAACCUGUUCAACGUCACGAUGAACUACCGGCAGGAUGCUGACAUUACCAUUCGUGAGCAGCUGGAGCUAAAACCCCAAGAAACUACUGCGGAGCCACUAAAAAAAAAAUCUAAAAUGGUUUGCUGGAUUGUAAGCAACUGGAGUGAGAAACAUGCACGAGUGAACUAUUUUAACGAACUUAAAAAGCACAUCGCUGUUGAGGGGUUUGGCAAUCAUUUUGACCGUAAAAUUAGUAAAGACCAGUAUAUACAGACCAUAGAAAGCUGUAAGUUCUACCUUUCAUUUGAGAAUACACAUGGACGUUCUGACAACACAACAAUUGACUACAUAACUGGGAAACUAUUCGAUCCACUCAGUUUUGGAGCAGUACCUGUGGUUUUAGGGCCCCCUAGACAUUCAUAUGAGAAGUUCGUACCCAAAGAUAGCUUCAUUCACGUGGAUGACUUCAAUAGCCCAAAAGAGCUGGCGGACUAUUUACACAUGCUGGAUCAGAAUGAAGAUAAGUAUCGCCAGUUCUUCAGUUGGCAAAAACGCUUCAGAGUGAAAAAAGUCAGCUUUCCAGUGGAGCACGCAUGCCGGGCAUGUCAGUAUAUCCAAAACAAGAAAGGCUUUCAAGUUUUCAAUAAUCUCAACAAAUGGUACUGGGGAUAUUGA